UCGUUGUUUGACUUAAAAAUUAUUUCUCUGGCGUAAAGACGCCUCAGAAAAAAGUGACCAUCUUUGAAGAAUUGUUAGCUUAUUACGUCUUUUAUAAACUCACGGAGCAAACAAUUUUGCACCUUUUUUUCUCGACCUUGAGUGUAUAAAGAAUCAUUAAGUUAUGAUGUUUAUGCAUUCACCGGGAGAGCAAAGAUAUACUAGAAUCCUGUAAUUUUCGUCAAGGCACAGAGAGCGGUAGCCACGUAAUUCUGUUGACGGUUCUUCGCCACAUCGUUACAUAAUCACACUGUGGUUGUCAUUUUUUACAACUACUAUAGUUUACUAGUAAAACCUUGAAAACAAACACAGCCUUACUUCCAACUCUAGGAUUUUUAACCGAAGCUGGUGUAAGUUUGUGCUGAUGAAUAAUAAAAUUUCGUAUUUAAGUGACAUAUUACCAGUUUUGUAAAAUCAGAUGUCUACAUCGUACAUGACAAAGUUCACUCGGUGAAGAUACACUUUAUUAUUAACGUUGCGACAGCUCAGGAAUUAUCAGUACUGAAUAUACCACUUAUCUCACAACGAACACCGUUGAGCCAAUACUAAUUUCAAUCAUGUUAUUUAGAUUACGUAGUACUAAAAGUUAUGGAAAAUGGGCUGGAUCAUAGUAGCAAUUCAAAUAGUUACGGUAACUAUAUUGCCUGUAUGGAUUUACUUGUGGUUGAACAAACCUGUUCAAAAGAAACUCGUUAAAAAUUCUAUCAUCAGUCAUUAUACAAUACCAGAAUGGAAUUUUCAUUUGAAGCGAUGUUGGGCUGCAUAUUGUAUAAAGGAUGCGAUAAGGAAAAAAGCUGAAAUGUCAAAAAAUACGUUUAAAAAAGCUACAAUUGAGAAAAAAGAUGACAUAAUGGUGCCAAAAGAACUGGAAGAACUUAGGAAAUUAACUGAUGAAAAUAGUUCAGAUAGUAUCCAAUUCUAUGCUACAGAUCAGAAAGGGAAUUUUGUAUUCAUAAAUUUGACACGAAGAAGACAUCGAACUGCUGAAUUAAUACUUCAACUAAGUUUAGCUGAUGGACGCACGUAUCAACUUCCUAAUCAUCCAGACAGUGUGAUCUUCAACAACGUGAGUCGUGGAUGGUCUGCUGCAGGAUUGAAAAUCACACCUCUGGAUCCAUUGAGACGCUGGAGAAUUACUUUCAAUGGUUUAUUGAGAAAUGGGAUCAAACGUAAUUAUCGCCAAAAUGAUGGAAAAGUAGAACAUCUUCGUUUCCAUUUUAUAUACACUGCUGCUGCUCCACCACUGUUAUGGCCAAAAGAUUGGAGUCCUGGUCUACAAGCAGAUGCUCUGGCUAGAGAACCUUGGAAAAAUCCUGAAUGGAUAAAUAUGAUCAAACUGAACAAGACUGGUGGAUUUGACCAAUGGGGAACCUUAGUUGGUCAAUUAAUUUUCCAAGAUUCUUCAAGUACUGAAUUAUAUUUGCGCGGGCUACGACAGAGGCGUUGGGGUGUGCAUAAACCUGUACAACUACAUAGAACUGUUAACAUUGUUGGUGUAAUGUACGACGGAACAAUGUAUUGUUUGGGCGCAGAUAGUUCUAAGGAAGGCUUAACACAUAUGAAAUUCGGCCAUAUCAGGAAAGCUAACGAUUUGGUAUUCCCCAUUGAUUGGUUGGAUUUUGAUUUAGCUUCUUAUGCUGAACAGAGGGAGAACAUUCCCACUAGAUAUAAAGUCAAUUUCCGAGCUGGUGGGAAGAAAUAUCGCACUGAAAUAUGUCGCAUAAUGGAUUCUGGAGCCACUUUGUAUGGUGGACGUCCAUGGAAUUGGGAAGCCAGAGUUUUUAACACCGAAACAAAACUGAAUAACGACACAGGAUAUGGAAUAGCAUAUUUGUGGUACAAUUAUAAUGGGCCAAGCCCAUUGAAAUCAGCAGAAAAGAUAUCUCACAUCCUACCAUUAAAUUUGAAACCGGAAGUUGAUUUAUACACAGUUUCGUUUAAGGACCGAAUCUGCCAAAGUGAGACGGUGGUUGGUGGUAAAGGAUCUUCGAUAGCAUUACUAACAUCUAUCCCACAUAAAGAGUUCAUUGUACCUUCAGGAUUUUGCAUUACCACAGCUGCCCUGAAUCUACAUAUUGAGAAAAAUGAAGCAUUAGCAAAUGCUGUUACUUAUGUUAAAAACGUUAGUGCAGGAAUAUUGAAGGCUGAUUUAAAAGUAGCAUGCGAGAAAGCUGUAGAACUUUUUGAACAAACUCCUAUACUCGAACCAAUUCAAGCAGCAAUAAGAAAAUCUGUGUCAGAUUCUGAUUCUAAUCUGCAAACUGACUUGAAAAUACCAGACAAGCUUGAAAGAUUUGCAGUGAGAUCGAGCGCCGUUGGGGAAGACAGUGAAGAUACUUCAGCUGCAGGUCAAAAUGCGACAUUCCUUGGAUUGAGAGGUGUUGAAAAUAUCAUUAAAGCAGUCGCGAAAUGCUGGGGUAGUUUAUAUGCAUAUCAAAGUGUAGAAUACAGGAGACAACAUGGUCAACCGAUAAAAGCUGAAAUGGGGGUUUGUGUCCAGCAAAUGGUUAAUGCCGAGGCAGCUGGUGUAAUGUUCACAAGACAUCCAACUUCCGGAGACCCUAGACAAAUUCUCAUAACAGCUAAUUUUGGCCUGGGAGAGAGUGUUGUUUCUGCAAUGAUUGAACCUGACACAGUAAUUGUUGAGAGAAGUUUGAACAAUGAUUUAGCAGUAAAAGACCUCAAGUUGGGAAAGAAAACUCACAAAGUUUCAAUGACUUUGGACGAGGGCACGGUAACUGAGGAGCUCAAAGACUCUUACCACAACGAACUCUGUAUUUCGGAAGAAGUUGCUUUGAAAUUAAGCAAAAUGGGCACACAUUUAGAAGCGUUGUUUGGCACUGCACGUGAUAUUGAAUGGGCUGUUGCACAGGGAAAAAUAUUCUUGCUGCAAGCACGCCCAGUUACAGCUUUGGAUAACUGGUCUGAUUUUGAAAUAACCCAUGAAUUAGAUUCACCAGUGCCCAGUGAAAUUGAUAUUCUAGUAUUUUCUAAUGUUGGAGAGGUUUAUCCAGGAGCUACGUCACCGCUGACAUUGAGUACUGUUGUUCGAUCACUGGACAGGGCAAUCCAGCUUGAUUCUACAUCUAGACCAACCAAUUCUUAUUGCGAAACUUUUAUUGGUACUACUGGAAUGAGAUGCUACAUGAAUUAUAUGAAUACAAUAUUGCGUGAAGUUGAGUCCAAAGUAUCUUUAGGCAAUAAGAUCAUCGAUAUCGCAGUUUGCGGUCAUGAAGUAACAACCCCAGAGCUUCAUGCUUUGGCUGUGAAAAGGAAUGGGCUCCAGGGAAUAAAGAGUAAACUGAAAUUGUAUAAAGCCAUAAUAACAGAUACUUGGGUCAAUGGAAAGAUAGAACAACUGGCCAAGAAAUUUUAUGCAAAUUUCAAAUUUGAUGUUCAGUCCUAUGUAAGGGCAGAACAUCUUUACAAAGAUCUCGAUGAUAAUUUCGAGAAGUUGCUUCAGGCAUCAGCAUAUCAUGCUCAUACAUCAAGAGUGAGUGUAUUCUGUCAAAUUGUUGCAAUAUCAAUCUUAACAGAAGGUGCUCAAGAUUUGAAUGCGGACCACUAUUCAGAUGUAAGCAUAUUCCUAGGUUCCUGCAGUGACGUAGUGAGCGCUCAAGUUCCCACAGCCCUACGUAAACUUGCCAAUACAAUAAAAAAUGGUGGAAAAGCUGAGGAAUUUGUUAAGCUAGAUCCAAGAGAAGCUAGAGAUUGGUUAACGCUGAAUUGUACUACAGCUGCUGUCGUAUUUGAUGAUUUUUUGAAAGAACACGGACACAGGUGUAUAAGAGAAUUAGAUUUGAUGACUGAAACAUGGGAUAUGAAGCCUGAAAAACUAAUAUCCUCACUUCAGGCAGCUGUAGCAUCGUCAGCAGAGCCACCAGUGAUCAAAGAAUUAAGUGUAGCCGAAACUGUAGAUCGAUUACACACACCGAAAAGUCGAGUCACAAGGAAGAUAUUGAAGAUGCUGGUGCCACUUAACAGGAGUGCCGUUAGUCGCAGAGAAUUCACGAAAGCUGUUUUAGUUUCCACAGUCAAUUCUUUGAGAUUAGGAUACCGAAAACUUGGUGAAUUAAUGGUCGAGGAUGGCCAACUACCUGACAUGAAUUUGAUAUUCUUUCUUACUCAUCAGGAAAUUGGUCUGUUAUUACUUGGUCCAAAUCCAACAUUAGUGCAAAAAGCGAUAAGAAGACAAAGGCUUUAUCCUCACUGUGAUAAAAUUCAAUUUCCUGAAGUCAAUAGGGGUGUAUUAAAACCUAUAGUGGCAGAGCCCAGUACAAAAAUCCGUGAGGGAGGUGCUCGGAUAUCAGGAAUGCCAGUCUGUGGAGGGACAGUCCUAGGUCGCGCUUGUAUUAUCACUAAUGUAAACGAUGCUGUACAACUGAAGCCUGGUGAUAUAUUAAUAACACAGUGCACCGAUAUUGGUUGGAGCCCCUAUUUUCCAAUAUUGGGUGGUGUGGUCACUGAACUUGGAGGUCUCAUUAGUCACGGAGCUGUUGUAGCGAGAGAAUACGGUUUACCAUGUAUUGUUGGUGCUGAAGGAGCUACACAAAAAUUUUGUACAGGUGAUACAGUAUUACUAGCUGGAACUACCGGAGUCUUACAAGUCGUUGAAGAGACAAAGUAAAAAUUCAUUUUUUGUGAGUGGAAAUUGUAUGUAUGUACAUAGUUUUACACCAUCCUAAUAAUAUGCAAGUUUUUCUGUACAUGGGAAGCUGUCGCAUAGCAAACAAAUGCAUGUCUACCAGUUCUUUGUCUCUGUAUUUUACAAAAUAUAAAUAAUUAUACUACUAAUUCGAACUGAUUAAAGAAUCCAUUAAAUAUAUUGUGAAUCAUG